AUGUUCAAAUUCGCUGCUGUUUUCCUCGCCAUCCUGGCCUGCGCCUCUGCCAAGCCCGGUUUCCUGAGUGCUCCAUUGGCCUACACUGCGCCCGCUGCCUUUGUAGCUGCACCUGCUCCAGUUGUUACUGCAACCAGUAGCCAGGUGUUUGCCAGGAACUACAAUGGAAUCGCUGCUGCUCCCGUGAUCGCUCCAGUUGCUGCUCCCCUGGCCGCUCCAGUGAUCGCCCAGUAUGCCGCCGCCCCUCUGGCCGCUCCAGUGAUUGCCAAGUAUGCCGCUGCUCCUUUGGCUGCUCCGUUGGCUUACAACGCUGCUUACCCUCAGCUGGCCUACUCCUCGCCUUUGUUCCUAUAAAUCUGCCUAUGUCGUCUUGAAUAAAACUCUCGGUGACCGAUUACCGCCUGAAC